AGUAACCGAGGAGAAUGUGAAAGAUAGCGCUUCCUUACAUCCUUCUAAAGUUUAUUUUUAAUCACGUUGUUUUGACAUUGCAAACCGCUUGUCGUUUUCAAGCCACCAAGGGCUAAAAGCGGUCCUGACUGCGAAGUGCAAGUGUGAUUUUGACAUGGGAUUGUUGCUGCGUGUCACUUUAACGUGGCUUUUGUUGCUUGCGAAUGCUGUUUACACAAAGAUUACACCCCUGGUCUACGAUGAGCAGCUGCUGUGGGUGAGCGGCGAGGCAGGUCAGGUGAAAGCCUACCGGGUUCCUCUUGUCACGUUCACACCGCAAGGCAGCCUGCUGGCCUUUGCCGAGGCCAGGAAAGAGUCGUCAGGUGACAUAGGGGCUAAGUUCAUCGCUAUGAAACGCUCUACAGAUAAAGGAGCCACGUGGUCACCAACAUCCUUCAUAGUGAACGACGGCUCGCUGGUUGAUGGCCUCAACCUGGGCGCGGUCGUGGUGGAUGAGCAGACGGGCGCCGUGAUGCUCAUCUACUCCCUCUGCUUCCACCUGUUCGGCUGCAGCCCCACCAGCACCAUGUUGGUGGAGAGCCUGGACGAUGGCCUGACCUGGAGCACGCCACGAAACCUCUCCGUCCAGCUGGGGGUGAAGAGCUUCGCCCCUGGGCCAGGCUUUGGGAUUCAGAAACGCUAUAAGCCGGGAGCUGGUCGUCUGGUGGUGUGUGGGCACGGCUCCAUUGAGGGCGAUGGCGUCUUCUGCAUCCUGAGCGACGACCACGGGCGAACCUGGAGGAACGGGGCAGCACUCAAGAGCAUCCCCUACAACCAGCCCAAACAGAUUCUGGACUUCAACCCGGAUGAGUGCCAGCCGGUGGAGCUGGAAGACGGAAGCAUAAUGAUCAACGUGCGCAACCAGAACAAUUACCACUGCCGAUGCCGGAUGGUGGUGCGGAGUCUGGACGGGGGAGAGACACUGCCCGUGGAGGAGCUGGUGUUCGACCACACGCUGGUGGAUCCUGUAGUGGCAGCUGGAGCCCUGCAGAAAGCAGGCGUGCUAUACUUCACCAACCCAGCCAACUCGCACCUCAGAGUCAAUAUGACUCUCCGCUGGUCUUUGACUGAUGGCAGGUCAUGGGAAAACGAGGCUGUUCAGAUCUGGCCAGGACCGAGUGGAUACUCAUCUAUGACGUCACUGGUUACCAACUCUGUUGAAGAUGAUAAGUACAUCUUUGUCAUCUAUGAGAAGGGCCACAGCAACUACAUAGAAACCAUUUCUGUUGCUAAAAUUCACCUGUAUGGUGGCAGGUAGAACGAAAGUUAAUUCAUUUCUUCAAUCAUCUUCUAAACGGGUUAAUUUGGUUCAGUGUGGUGAGGGUCGGAGCCUUCCCCAACAGCACAGGGCACAAGGUGGGAACCAGCCUUCAACCAACCAUUCAUCAAUCACAGUACAAUGAAAGUGAUCUUAAAUGAAUUAAUCUCAACAAUUUGGAGCACAAGGAAGUCGUUUUUAAGUUGCUGCAAAUUGCAUAUAUUUAUACUUUUGUCACAUGCUACAUAGACACAGGCUGCCAGUGAUAGCAUUCGGGAAACAACCUACAGCUUUAAAAUGUCAAACAAUCCAGUUAUGGGUGUAGACUGUUCAAACGUGGGAGGAGAUAUCAGCUGUCUGGAAAAUGCCUCAUUGACUGUUUUCCAAUAUUGCAAAAUGUACAAUGGUGUUAUAGAUAAUAAGCUCUAUAUCCAAAACAAGCCAUCCACCAGCAUUCCUGGAAGUCCAUAGCUAGGAACUGCCUGGUGAAUACAUGAUAAGCUGAAUAAGAUGUAUUUGACAAGAAGAAAAAAUGAUGCCAUGACUAUCCAAGACUAAAGUUUAAUGGCCUAAGAACCAAAGCCAGUAUUGGGAUGUGAUAAAAUCCACCCCCCCUCUCUUUCUCACACACACACACACACUUUUUUUUUUUUUUUUACUUUCUCAUCAGUUGCAGAUGGGUGCUCUGUGGUCUGCCACAUGACUUGUUAUUUCUCGUUCUCAUGUACCUUCUCCAACCGCUUUGAUUAGAAACAUUUAUUAGAAAAUGUGUCGGAGACAACUUGUAUGUGAAUAGUUGGACUAUAGGCUACAGUUUGAUGUUGGCCACCCUUCAACUGUUCAUCAGUGCUCCGUCUUUAGCCACAGGAACUCGUUGGCUGCAGAUUCUUCAGUGGUAAAGCGCCCUCCAUUUUGCCAGCAGCUCUGUUGCACCUCAUAGCAGUGCAGCAACAAAUAGUGUAGCACUAAUUAUUCCAGUGUCACUGCUGUGUUGAGAAUGUUGGCUGGUUAUCAGCGCCUCUCUUAGGGGUGUACAUGUGCGAUAAUUGAAUGCAAGUACAGGGUAGGUGUGACCUAAGAAAACAGGUGGAGUAAGUAAACUUAACGUGUCUGCUGAGAAGAAUGAUGCAUGUGAAUAUGUGUGAUGUGAAUUUUUUUUUUUAAGCCUCCAUACCGUGAAAUACGUGACCGUACAUGGGUAUGAUUGCUAUCAGGGAAUAUAUUUUUAUUUGCAAAGAUUCAUAUGUGUAACUAUUUUGUAGGAUAACCAUUGCUUUGUAAAAAUAUUGAUCACUUCCUGGUCACAAAGUAAAAUACAUGUCAUAAAUAUGCUCAUGACUUUCUGUUUACAGAGAAUAUCCCAAUCCCAGUCUAGUUUACAUAUUGAGUUUAUUUGUUGUGGUUGUUUUUGUUUUAGAUUACUGGCAAAUAUGGAAUUAUUUAGGGAAAUGGACUGUGACUGUAAUAUGCACAGUUCACAAUAUUGUGGCAUGUACUCUUUUUGGGAAGUAUAAGAUGUGUGCAGAAAGUAAUGCAUCACAAAUUAUCAUCAGCAUUAUGAUUAUAUUAUUAUUAUAAUUAUUAUAUUAAACAUGAGCUCUAACACCCUUAGCCUUCUUCAUCUGUAUGGUAACACUUCUUGGGUUAUUCCAACUUGGAUUAUUCUAGGUUAAACUUUCAUGAAUUGUACUUUUAUCAACUUUGAACCUCCCAAGACUCAUUUAAAGAAAAACAAAAUGCACUAACAAAUGCAUACAUGUUUUUUAAUUAUGAGAUUAAGGCUCUUGUGAUUUAAGAUUUUAAGGGACAGUGGAAAGUGAGAAGAAUGGAAACCGCUGGAUUAUAUCCUAUUAGUGUAAAUUCUAUCUUUUAGAUUAUUAAUAAGAAGAAUUAAAUAGCAGAUGCAAAGGGAUGACAAUUGGGUAUGUGUGUGUAAUCACGAAAUGUGUCCAUCCAAUUUGUCAGUGUAUGAGCCAAUUAAGGUCUAGGAGAUUGUUUAUUGUUAAAAAAAAUUGGAAAUUGAUGAUGAUAACUUCAUAUUUGAUCUGUUAUGCAUUUAUAUUGAAUUGAAUGCAGAGGUUGGUCACGUUUGAGUGUUGGACCGUUAAGUAUGAUGUCACUGCUUUAUUUCUGAUUGGAUGUAACUUAAUUUGUUUUAUUGAGUCAUUUUUUGUUCUGGAAGCAACACAGUUUUUGAUUGUGCACUAGGCAAUUUAAUUUAAAUGUUUUCUUUUUCUGUCAGUAAACAUUUCUAAAAGGAAAUUA